AUGAAUGACUGGGAAGUUGUGUCUGAAGAUUAUAAGAAGUAUCGCUAUGCUAAACUGGAGCAGCCGUCUCAGUUUGGAGGGCAGCCGUGCAAUUUUUACGGCAGGGAGGAGGAGGCCUGUACCGUUCCGGACCGCUACACCUGCGACAAUGUUCCCUUGUGUGAGGGAUUCCUCUGCAAACAAACAGGUCGCUGUAUUCCCAGAACUCUGCAGUGCAGUGGGGAGGAUGACUGCGGGGACAUGUCUGAUGAAGCCGGCUGUAAGACAGUUUCCAAGCCCUGCAGACAGGAGGCCGAAGAGUACUGGGGAAUCGAAAAUCUCGCCAAAGGAAUCAACAUCCUGAACAGUAACCUGGAGGGAGUGGUGCUUGAUAACAGAUACUACGCUGGCAGCUGCCUGCCAGACUACAUCCAGGAUGUCAGAUUCAGGAAGCCUUACAACUUACAACAGUAUACUCAUCAGACAAAAGGCUCUUAUGAUUUCAACUUCAAGUCUUUUAGCUCAUACUCUGAGUACAUGGACCACACCAUAAAGGAGCGCUCAACCCAAACCGCUAUUUCCAUUGGCUUUGCCAUUCCAGGCGUAGCUGAGUUUGGCUUCAACUACAACAGUGACAAACAAACCAAGUCUGAACGGAAGAUCCGGCGUGCUUCUGGCAAGACUAACAGCUUUGUGAGGACCAAAGUAGUGCUGGAGUUGGCCCAGUACAUAUUGAAGUCAGACGAUUUAAUGCUUCACCCUGAGUUCUUGCAGCGGCUACGCUCUUUGCCGCAGACCUAUGUUUAUGGGGAAUACAGGCAGAUCUAUAGGGACUAUGGCACCCACUACAUCACAGAGGCAGCCCUCGGUGGAGACUUCACACACACUAUCAUCCUGGAUAAGGAGAAGCUUGAGAAAUCAGAAUAUUCUUUGGAAGACUACAAACGCUGCACACAGUCAGGCCUAAAGGUCGGGGCCAACAUAAAUGGUGUUUAUGUGUCUGUCGGAGUCGAGAGUGGAUCCUGUGAUGGCCUGCUAGAUGAGAUGGGAGAGGACACAGUGCAUGGCCGCAUGGUGGAGGACUUUGUUGCUGUUGUAAGAGGUGGAAGUAGUGAGUCCAUCACUGCUUUGGUGUCUAAAAAACUUCCCACCUCGCACCUGAUGGGACUGUGGGGUGAAGGCGUGCGUUUCAACCCAGAUUUUCUUCGCACAACGACACGGCCCCUGUAUGCGCUGGUCACUUCGAGAGACUUCUCCCAGGAUGCCACGCUGAAAAGAAACCUGAAGAGAGCGCUGUCAGAGUACCUGGCAGAGGCCAGCCCGUGUCGAUGUGCUCCCUGCUACAACAACGGAGUGGCCGUUUUGAAAGGCACCAGAUGUGACUGUGUGUGUCCUGGUGGCUACUCUGGGCUGGGCUGUGAGAUCACUAAUAGGCGAAAAGAUAUAGCCAUUGACGGCAGCUGGAGCUGCUGGGGUGCAUGGUCAUCCUGCAGUGGGAGAACGAUGACUAGGAGCCGUCAGUGUAACAAUCCAGCACCUGGUAACGGAGGCCUGCCCUGCAGAGGACUGCAGCAGGAGUCUACUGAAUGCUAUUAAUAUCUGCUCUGACGUCAACAUUGACAUGGACAAUUAUUAAACCCUCCUUGAACAUA